AUGGAUUUGGUGGCGGCCGGCGAGGCCGGGCUGGCGGCGGGCGAGGGGCCGGCCCCGAUCCGCGACGAGGUGGCCGAGAAGUGCCAGAAGCUUUUCCAGGACUUCCUCGAGGAAUUCCAAAACAGUGAUGGAGAAGUUAAAUACUUGCGUGAUGCAGAGGAGCUGAUCCGCCCAGAGAGGAACACCUUAAUUGUAAGCUUUGUGGAUUUGGAGCAGUUCAACCAACAACUUGCUACUACAAUCCAGGAAGAAUUCUACAGAGUCUAUCCUUUCUUGUGUCGGGCUGUGAAGACUUUUGCCAAAGACCAUGGAAACGUUCCUCCCAACAAAGACUUCUACGUCGCUUUUCAAGAUCUACCUACCAGGCACAAAAUUCGAGAGCUAACAUCCGCCCGAAUUGGUUCACUAAUGCGUAUCAGUGGGCAGGUGGUCCGCACCCACCCAGUUCAUCCUGAGCUAGUCAGUGGGACAUUCCUCUGUUUGGAUUGCCAAACAGUUAUAAAAGAUGUGGAGCAGCAGUUCAAGUAUACACAGCCCAACAUCUGUAAAAACCCAGUCUGUGCCAAUCGGAGACGGUUCCUCCUGGACACCAACAAAUCCCGAUUUGUUGACUUUCAAAAGGUUCGUAUUCAAGAAACGCAGGCUGAGCUGCCCCGGGGGAGCAUUCCUCGCAGCGUGGAGGUGAUCUUGCGUGCUGAAGCUGUAGAAUCUGCUCAGGCUGGGGACAAGUGUGACUUCACAGGUUCCCUCAUUGUUGUGCCUGAUGUCGCCCAGCUCUCCACCCCAGGUGUAAGAGCAGAAACUGGAUCUCGCGUGAGUGGGAAAGAAGGUUAUGAAACGGAAGGUAUCAGAGGGCUUCGUGCCCUUGGAGUCAGAGAGCUGUCCUAUAAACUGGUCUUUCUGGCAUGCUACGUUGCACCUACAAAUCCAAGAUUUGGUGGGAAAGAGCUCCGAGAUGAGGAACAGACUGCAGAAAGCAUUAAAAACCAGAUGUCGGUCAAUGAGUGGGAAAAAGUAUUCGAAAUGAGUCAGGAUAAAAAUCUGUAUCACAAUCUCUGUACCAGCCUCUUUCCUACUGUACAUGGUAAUGAUGAAGUGAAACGGGGGAUUCUACUCAUGCUCUUUGGUGGAGUUCCCAAGACCACAGCCGAAGGCACUUCGCUGCGUGGGGAUAUCAAUGUCUGCAUUGUUGGUGAUCCAAGCACUGCCAAGAGUCAGUUUCUUAAGCACGUGGAAGAAUUCAGCCCCCGGGCUGUGUACACCAGCGGAAAGGCCUCCAGUGCUGCCGGCUUGACUGCUGCUGUGGUGAAAGAUGAAGAGUCCUAUGAAUUUGUCAUUGAAGCCGGGGCUCUGAUGUUGGCAGAUAAUGGAGUGUGUUGCAUUGAUGAAUUUGACAAAAUGGACCUGAGAGAUCAAGUUGCCAUUCACGAGGCAAUGGAACAGCAAACUAUCUCCAUCACUAAAGCAGGAGUUAAGGCUACUUUGAAUGCCAGAACUUCCAUUUUGGCGGCAGCAAAUCCGGUUGGCGGACGUUAUGACAGAGCCAAGUCUCUGAAGCAGAACAUAAACCUGUCUGCCCCCAUCAUGUCCAGAUUCGAUCUUUUCUUUAUUCUAGUGGAUGAAUGCAAUGAGGUUACAGAUUAUGCCAUUGCCAGGCGCAUCGUGGAUCUUCAUUCCAGAAUAGAAGAAUCAAUUGACCGCAUGUAUUCACUAGAUGACAUAAGGAGGUACCUUCUCUUUGCCAGGCAAUUUAAACCAAAGAUUUCUAAAGAGUCUGAAGACUUCAUAGUUGAGCAAUAUAAGCGGCUACGCCAGAGGGAUGGCUCUGGUGUUACAAAAUCAUCCUGGAGAAUCACCGUAAGACAGCUGGAAAGCAUGAUUCGGCUGUCAGAAGCCAUGGCCCGGAUGCAUUGCUGUGAUGAGGUUCAUCCAAAGCACGUGAAAGAGGCCUUCCGGUUGUUGAACAAAUCUAUCAUCAGAGUUGAGACUCCAGAUAUCAAUUUAGACCAAGAAGAAGAACAACCAAUUGAAGAGCCUGAGGCUCAAGGUGGAGUGACUGGAGAUGGAGACGCUCCAGCCGUGAAUGGCUUGGUGAAUGGCAUCAACGGCCACUCAGAUUAUUCGAGCAAAGACGCAGCACCUAAGGUUUCCCUGAGACUUAGUUUCCCUGAAUACCGUAGAAUCUCUAACCUCAUUGUGUUGCAUCUGAGGAAAGCGGAAGAAGAAGAUGACGAUAGUGCCUUGAGAAGAAGUGAGCUUAUCAACUGGUAUCUAAAGGAAAUUGAAUCGGAAAUAGAUUCUGAAGAGGAACUCAUCAAUAAGAAGAAUAUAAUAGAGAAAGUUAUCCAUCGCCUUACCCACUAUGACCACAUCCUCAUUGAACUCACCCAGAUUGGAUUGAAGGACUCGGAAGAAGGAGAAAGCUGUGAUGAAGACCCGUACUUGGUAGUUAAUCCAAACUACUUGCUGGAAGACUAGGGGCUAUGAAGCAAUGCCAUGUGACCCUCCUACGAGAGACCAGUGCUCGCUUCACCAUUGUACAUAGCAGGCUAAUUCAGAAGGGCUUUGCCACAGACUUUAUCCUCUUGA